ACCGGAAACAGAAAAAUAAAAAAAGAAGCAGAAAAAACAAAAGCGCCUACGAAGCAGGACCGUCAAAACAUAAACAGUGCAGCACGACCAUAGUCGUGAGCUUCAACAGCGGUGUUUUUUGGAUGGUCAGUAAGAGAUCCGAGGACACAUGUCUCCAAUGUGCAGUGCGUUUGUUUGCGCUUGAGCCCCAAAGGAAAAGCUGCGCAGAGAUUAACAAGUGCUGAGACUUGAGGCCUGUAGCAGAGGGUCUCUUCUGUCAGAAGAGGUGGUCAGAAUGAGUGAAACAGAUGGUAAAGCCAGUGUCCCAAAUGGUGGUACUGAUGACACAGAACCUGGAGAAGCGGAUGCAUCUGCAGCGAGGGAGGCCCAGUCCGGUCCUGAGUCAGAAAAUCUGAGUUCAGCCCCAGAGGUCGGUGAGGGGGGUGAAGAGCGCCCAGUGGCCGAUUCCGAGCAGAAGCAGGGAACGGGAGAAGAAGAGGACACGGACAGCAUGGACGGCAGUGGACUUUACUCCCUGACAGAGGACGGUGAGCGAGAGAGUGAAGGAGGAGGGCAGAGAGAGAAAAGAAAAGAUGAAGGUAAAAGAUCUGCCAGGAAGAGAAACCGGCCCAGCGGGGGAGCCACGCGGCACUCAUCUAGUUCCGAUGAGGACGAUGAUGAUGAUGAGGAAGAGGAAGAAGAGGAGGAGGACGUCGAGGAAGAAGAUGAGCAAGCCAUGGAGGCGUGGUUGGGAGCGGACCUGUGCGACCUGAGUCGGCCUUCAUGGCGCGCCGUUCCCUCGCUGCGUGCCCGAGAGAUCGGACGCAAUUCUCAGCAGUUUGUGAGGAGGGUGUGUGGGGCACGGGGUCUGGUGCAGAGGCUGGAACUGCAGGGCCGUCUGGAGAGACACUCGGGAUGCGUGAACACCCUCCACUUUAACCCCUCUGGCACUCGCCUGGCCUCUGGCAGCGACGACCUUCGCGUGGUGAUCUGGGACUGGGCUCGCAGAACGGCUGAGCUGGAGUUUGACAGCGGCCAUAAGAGCAACGUUUUUCAGGCAAAGUUUCUUCCACACAGCGGUGACUCCACGCUGGCCAUGUGUGCCAGAGACGGACAGAUCAGAGUGGCUGAGCUUUCUGCCACACAGCGCUGCAAAAACACCAAAAGAGUCGCCCAGCACAAAGGUGCAGCCCAUAAGCUGGCACUGGACCCAGACUCCCCCUGCUCUUUUCUCUCCGCUGGUGAAGACGCUGUGGUGUUCGGCAUUGACCUGCGUUUGGACAGACCUGCCAACAAACUGGUAGUGGUGAAGGACGGUGAAAAGAAAGUGGGGCUGUACACCAUUUACGUGAAUCCUGCUAACACGCAUCACUUUGCGGUCGGCGGCAGAGACCAGUAUGUCAGGAUCUAUGACCAGAGAAAGAUCAAUGAAAGUGACAAUAACGGGGUCCUGAAGAAAUUUUGUCCCUCAUCCUUGGUGUCCAGCGAAUCCAAAACAAAUAUCACAUGUUUAGUGUACAGCCAUGACGGCACAGAGCUGCUGGCAAGUUACAACGAUGAGGACAUUUACCUGUUUGACUCCAGCCACAGUGAUGGGGCAGACUAUCGCAGAAGAUACAAGGGUCACCGCAAUAACGCCACAGUGAAGGGAGUGAACUUCUACGGACCCUGUAGUGAGUUUGUUGUCAGUGGCAGUGACUGUGGACACAUCUACCUAUGGGACAAGAACUCUGCUCGUGUGGUGCAAUUUAUGGAGGGAGACAGGGGUGGAGUGGUGAACUGUCUGGAGCCACAUCCACAUCUCCCAGGUUUGGCCACAAGUGGUCUAGAUCAUGAUGUGAAACUUUGGGCCCCCACCGCUGAGAAUCCCACCACACUGAAGGGACUUAAAGAUGCAAUGAAGAAGAACAAACGAGAGCGUGAUGAAGACAGCGUUCGUCACGGCGACCAGUAUGACACACAGCUGCUCUGGUUCCUGAUGAGACACAUGAGAAACCGAAGACCUCAGCGAACCCGACGAGGAGAAGGAGGAGGAGAAGGCGACACAGACGAAUCUUGGAGCUCGCCAGAUUCCUCAGAUGAAGAAGAUGGAGGGCCAGACCAUGUGCAGUGCAUGUCCUCCUGAGCCACACAUACACAACAGACACACACAUACACAAACAAACAAACAUGCUUUUUGCCAUAUAUUUAAGCACAUACAUAGUAACACACUGGUACACAUUAGACACUUGAAAGGCCAGCAGCAAACACACACACGGCUUUAUGCACACACAUACACGCAGCGUGAGGGAGAGGUAAACACGUUCUGCUAAAUCUGGCUCCACACUCACACAAAUAACAUCACUGAGGGAAGAAACAAUACUAAGAUUCAUAUUUUUGAUAUGCACCCACACACAACCACUCGCAAACUUUUCACUCCCACUUUUAACAAAGUACAAAAUAAUGAAUCUGUCACUCUUGUGGGCAGCGUUUUGCUGCAGCAGUUGAGGCAGACAUGAUAAACAAUUUUUUUCCUCAUCUCUGCUAUAAUAGAAAGUUUUUCUUUCACAUUGAUACGUGGUUAGAGUUGACCUCCUACAGAUUACUGAGCGGUUGAUGCGUGAUACUUAUUCAACCAACCAGCACCAUCCUUGACUGGGCUCAUCUGUUUUUGGAGUGAGUUGUUAUUUUUGGACUGCAAUUUACUUGUCUUUGCAUUGCAUUGAUAGACCAUCAUCGGUCGCCCACCACCGUCUUGUCUUUGUUCUCUUCUCCUGUGCGUGUGCAUUUGCCGAAGCCGGACACAGCAAAUCUUCUUGAGGUCAAUCAUGCUAUUAGCUCUGACUGAAGACACAGAAGAUGAGCCAGACCGGCUUCGUCUGGUUUCAGAGCUCAGUUCCUCUCUCUCCCAUGCUACUGAGUGCACUUUAAUCAGGGAUCUGCUUUGAGUUUUGAAUCUCUAAGACGAGCGUGCGCUUAGGGGGCAUGCAGUACUUAAUGGAUAAAACGUGUUUAUUUUGCAAAUUAGUUUUUUCCCCAAACUAGUUACGGACUUCAAAGCGAAUACAAAGAUUUGACACCAGCUUUUUUGGUUUUGGAUUUGCACUUGGGUGGAGAUACUCGACGGAGUUCCUGAAGAAAUUCCUAAUGGCGUUCCGUCUAAAAUGUACUUCUCCAUGGACUGUCAUCUUCUAAGCCCUGUCCCUUAGAUAUUGAAUGAAAAGACUAUUAUGAUUUGUGGAAUCCACGUUUCUUCCUCUGUCUUUUGUUUGAAUGCACAUGCUCCAGAUCUUUGCCUGACUAUCUGGUAAGGGUCAAAUGUAGCAGGAUGUUCUGCGUUUGUCUAAAGAAGGUUUAAACCCCUGCAACCUGUUUUUUUAUAUAUAUAUAAAAAUGGUGGCUGUUCUUGUCAGUAUUGAAAUUUUGGAGUUGGUUAAGAUAAAACGAGGAUAGAUCGAUGCGACUUGCAUAUAGGAAAAAACAAUUCAUUUGAAAAUAUGGGUGAAUGGCAGGGGGGAUUGCACUUGUAAGGUAUACAAUGAGGGGUAAGAAGCUUCAAUUCAAUCCCCAUCUUUCCUUCUUCUUUUGUGAGGGGAAUAAAUUCUCAACUUUUCUCUUUUUGUAUGAGAAGAAUAACUUAUGAUUAUUAUGACUAUAUGUAUAUACAAACAUAUAGAGAUCUAUAUAUAUAUAUAUAUAUAGAUAUAUAAAUAUUAAAAACCUGUAAAAAUCAUCUCGAACCAUAACUCUUUUAAGGGGUGUUUAAAUUCAAUUGGUGUUGAUACAGAGGUUUAUAUUGUAUAAGACAAAUACUUUGAAAUGAAUGGAAAACAUAGCAUGUAUGUGCAUACUACUAAUACUGUGCAUGUGUAUGAUGUAUACACACACAUGCCGUGUUUUUUAUUAUUUAUACACUUUUCUUUCUUUGUUUUUUUCCAACCCUAAUUCUCCCUGCAAGCAUUAAUGUUCAAUUUUUUUCUUUUUUCAGUCUCGCUUGUCAUCUUACAGUCUGUCCUAUGAAAUUUUGAGAUAUUAUUUCUCACCGCUGCCUAAUAUUGUGUUUAUUCAGUUCAGUUGAAAACAUGUACGAUUUGUGCAGUAAAAAAAAUAUGUUCUGUG